UGACAUCAACUAGUGUCCAACUCAUCUAUUUGAAGAGGGGAUGGCACUUCAAACAGUGAAGCAGUAACACCAUCGGACAUUACAUUACAUUUUAUUUUAACACGCUCUUGCAGCCAUGACUUUAAAGACUCGAUGGUCUCACCUGUUUCUCCUUUUGUGUUGCGUCCAGACUUGUCUCUCUCAGUCAGGUCAAGGUCCAGUGGGUCCAGUAGGUCCACCAGAUCAAGGUCCAGUGGGUCCAGUGGGUCCACCAGAUCAAGGUCCAGUGGGUCCAGUAGGUCCACCAGGUCAUAGUCCAGUAGGUCCAGGAUGUCCACCAGGCCACCGUCCAGUAGGUCCACCAGAUGAAUAUGAAGAGGGCUACCAUCCAGUAGGUCCACCAGGUGAAUAUGAAGAGGGCUACCAUCCAGUAGGUCCACCAGGCCACCGUCCAGUAGGUCCACCAGGUGGAAAGCAAGGACGUGGAAAGCAAGGACGUGGAAAGCAAGGAGCUGCAGGCUACCCUGGUAUAGUGUGUGUCAACUCCCAAGCCGAAAAAAUCAUGAGAAGUGGAUGUCAAGGAAUCUGUAAAGGGAGCAGAUAUUCCGUGAGGGUCAGCUCCCAAACCAAAGAAAUCCUGAGCAGUCAUCUUACAACUGUCUUCCUCCCAAUCAUCUACAUCAUUGUGUUUGCUGUGGGGCUGCCCACCAACGCCAUGGCAAUAUGGAUAUUCCUCUUCAGGACCAAGAAAAAGCGCCCGUCGUCGAUCUACAUGGCAAACCUGGCUCUGGCUGAUUUGCUCUUUGUCAUCUGGGUCCCCCUGAAGAUAUCAUACCAUUUCAACGGCAACAACUGGAUCUACGGAGAAGGGCUGUGCAAAGUGCUGGUGGCGUUUUUCUACAGUAAUAUGUACUGUUCCAUCGCCUUUAUCACCUGCAUAAGUGUCCAGCGUUAUUGGGCGGUGGUCCACCCACUGUCCGAGCAGCAGAGGGACAACCGCAUACCUGUGUCCGUCUCCAUCACAAUCUGGGUGGUGGUCUGGCUUAUCACCAUCCCUCUCUACCUGUAUGACCAACAGGUCACAGUAACAAGCUAUGAUCUAGAAAUCCUUACCUGCCAUGAUGUCACCUUGCAAAGUCAGGCUGAAAUAGCAGCUGGCUACUUCCUGACAAUGGGAACUCUGGGAUUUGUUGUUCCCACUAUUGUGUGCAUCAUAUCCUACAUCCUCAUGCUCAAAGCUCUCAGGAACAGCAUGAAAAAUGUUGCCAUCACCAAGAAGCGACGGAAGGCUGUGGUCUUGAUCAUCACAGUGUUGGUUAUGUUUUUAGUGUGCUUCACCCCCAGUAACAUCAUGCUGCUGGUACACUAUAUCCUUCUGUUGGGCGGGGCCGACAACAGCCUUUACGGAUUUUACAUCGCCACCCUGUGCCUGGCUAGUCUCAACAGCUGCAUCGACCCUUUUGUUUACUACUUUAUCUCCAAGGACUUCAGGGAUCAUGUGAAGAACACGUUCCUCUGCAGGAGCGAGAGGACAGUGAAGAGAAUGAAGGUUUCCUUCAGGGCUCCGAAAAACUUACAAGAGCAACACACCACGCCUAAGUCAGGAAAAACACAGAGCACUGAAUGCUAGUGGAUUAAUCAUUAUUAAGCUGUUUUAUUCCUGAUCAUUAUCUCCCUUCAGAUAUCGUUUUUCGGUAACACUUAAUUUACAGGUCUCUUCAUUUGUAUAGUAAAAUAAAAUAAAGUGUUACCUUUUUUUCUUAUUCUACUGUAACUUCUUCCACCUCAGGUUUGGUUCAGUACAUGUAAGGAAAUUUAGGAGUCAUCUUUGUCAAUGACCUCCUGUUUUUGAGCUGUCUAAAUUACUGCUUAUAUUGUUUUUGUAAAUACAUUUAAUUGUUUUAAUAUCUUUGACAACAAACUUGUUUUAUGCAGUUUGCUUGAUGCAUUUUGCUUGAUUUCAGCAGGGUAUGAAUGAUUGCUUUUAUUCAGUUUUAAUGAAUCUCAUCUUUUAUUCCAUGUUGUAAUUUGAUGAAUUUUCUGUCAAUGUUUGAUGUGCCAGAAUUGAGACCCAAACCUAAAAUGUUCAAAAUUUAACAGGUUUUAUACUAUAGGAUAAAAGUUUUAUGUGUUUUUAAAGUAAUUAUUUUUGCUUGUACAUCUACAUUUUAGUUUGUCAAUAAAAGUAAUUGUCUAA